AGGGAGAGGUUAUGCGUUUAUGUCGAUCAAAUUUAACUUGAAACCGCAAUAAAAACGUGUGUGUAAUAAAUACCCUGCAGUGUUGUAUUGUGACGUAAUAAGUAAUAUUUGUUGACGCCCUUCUUGAGGGGUGAUUUACACAAAUACAUCAUAAGUCGCAACAAUCUAGAAAUGUCAGAAGUAAGUAGUGAAACAAUCCACAUACCCCCGUAUCACUGAAUCAAACUAAAAUGACGUCAGAGAAUCCAGUAGACGUAGAAAAUGCGAACGUGAAAAAAUCAGACGACAAACAGACAAACAAAAAAGACAACAAUCAAACUCAUACGCUUAUGAAACUAUUCUACGAGUUACCUGACGACAUAAAACCAAACGGCAACAUGCUGAAAGAAACCCCACCGAUAACGAUUGUUGAAAUCACCGAGCAGAAUGGUUGUGAGCUAAACAGCGCCAGACUAUGUGAUAGUUAUAAAACUAGUCCAGAAAUAGGCAAUAAAGUAUACGAUUUAGAUGGACAGUGUCCAGACGUUAAGGAAAUAGAUAGAACAACUCCAGAUGACUGUACAGAGGAAGAUUUGGAAGAAUUAAAGAAGUUAUUAGAAAGCAAGCCUAGGUUAUUAGAGAGGUAUUUGAGGGAUUGUGCGUCACUGGAGGAGGUGAAUAGACUGCAUUGUAUAACGUCUGGUGGACCUUUAUCUCCAAGACCGACACACGAAGCGAGAAGUACGUCUGUGACGUCAGAUCUCUUCCAAUUAUGGCUGUCGUCGUCUCCUGUCAAGAGAUCACGGUCGCCUAGCAGCUCAGCUCAAAGACAGCUCGAUGAGGCUGAUCUUUUCAUGGACCUUAUCAAGGAUGUCGCAAAUGAAUUGGACAUUGAUGUACUCUGUCAUAAGAUCCUCGUGAAUGUGUGUUUGCUAACAUCAGCAGAUCGAGGCAGCUUAUUUCUGGCUAAAGGGACUCCACCUAGCAGAUACCUUCAAGCCAAACUAUUCGACGUUACGAGGGUUACAGAGUUAUCCGACGCGCUACGAAUGGCAAGGACGCAAGAAAUAAAGAUACCUUUUGGUGUUGGAGUGGCGGGCUUAGCCGCUCAGACCAAACACCCGAUCAAUAUUAAAAAUGCUUAUGCAGAUCCUAGGUUUAACAGUGAAAUCGACGCCCAAACUGGUUACAAGACGGAAUUAAUACUCUGUAUGCCUAUAUGUAACUAUGAAGGUGACGUCGUCGGUGUGGCACAGAUCAUAAAUAAAACCGAUGGUUCCAAAGAAUUCUCCGCUCGAGAUGUAGAAGUAUUUCGCCGGUAUCUAACCUUCUGCGGUAUUGGCAUACAAAACGCUCAACUAUUCGAGUCUUCCGUGCUAGAGUAUAAAAGGAACCAGAUCCUUCUAGCACUAGCUAGAAGUAUAUUUGAGGAACAGAAUAAUUUGGAAUGUCUAGUGACGAAGAUUAUGACCGAGGCGCGGGAGCUGUUGAAGUGUGAACGAUGCGCAGUAUUUAUAUUAGACACAGAUCAUUGUGAAUCGAGUCACUUGGAGCGUAUAGUACAGCGUCCGGGCGGGCGGCCAUCAGGCUAUCCUGCCCUAUCACCGCCCGCCCCAACCCGCUUUCAUACGCUCUUCGAGUUAGGCGCUCACCACUCUCGAACAACAUUGACGCCACGACACGACACCAAGUCGACGUUGGCAUCUAUUGCAUUGGCGGUAGCCCAAUCAAAUAAGGCUUUAAACAUAUCAAAUGUGGAUGAUUGGCGUCGAGAUAACGGCAUGACUGACAAAGAAUGUGACGAUGCAGCCAAUGUUAGGACCAUGCUCUGUAUGCCUAUUGUUAACGCUAAUAAGGACGUCAUUGGAGUCGCACAAUUGAUUAAUAAGGAAAAUGGUUCCCAGUUUACUGAUGGUGAUAUAUCAAUAUUUGAAGCGUUUGCAAUAUUCUGUGGACUGGGAAUCCACAAUACGCAAAUGUAUGAAAAUGCCUGCAAACUUAUGGCAAAGCAAAAGGUUGCUCUAGAAUGUCUCUCAUAUCAUGCGACGGCGUCCUCAGAGGAUACGACCAAGUUGUGCCAAGAUGUUAUUCCUUCAGCGGAAACGUACAACCUUUAUAGCUUUAAAUUUCAUGACUUUGAUCUAUCAGAUGAGGAUACGUGUAGAGCCACCUUGCGAAUGUUUCUUGAAUGCAAUCUAGUCGAAAAGUUUCACAUACCAUACGACGUUCUCUGCCGAUGGACUUUAAGCGUCAAAAAGAAUUACCGCCCAGUAAAAUAUCACAACUGGAGACACGCACUAAACGUAGCACAGACUAUGUUCGCUAUGAUGAAAACCGGAAAAAUGGAACGUUUUAUGUCAGAUCUGGAAAUAUUGGGCCUCCUUGUAGCUUGUCUAUGCCACGAUUUGGACCAUAGAGGCACAAAUAACGCGUUUCAGACGAAAACCGAAAGUCCUCUCGCGAUUUUGUAUUCGACUUCGACAAUGGAACAUCAUCAUUUCGAUCAGUGUGUCAUGAUUUUGAAUAGUGAAAGCAAUAACAUUUUUCAGGCUCUAUCACCAGUGGAUUAUAAAUGCGUGAUGCGCGUAGUGGAGACUGCUAUAUUAUCCACCGACCUUGCUAUGUACUUUAAGAAGAAGUCUAAGUUCCUGGACCUAGUGGAUAAUGGAGAGUUUGACUGGCAGAGUCCCGAGAAAAAAGAAUUGCUAUGUGGCAUGAUGAUGACGGCAUGUGAUGUGUCAGCGAUCGCUAAACCCUGGGAAGUCCAACACAAAGUGGCCAAGCUAGUGGCCGAUGAGUUCUUCGACCAGGGAGACCUUGAAAAGCUUCAGCUCAACCAGCAGCCGAUCGCUAUGAUGGACAGAGAAAAAAAGGACGAAUUACCCCAAAUGCAAGUGGGUUUCAUCGACAUGAUCUGUCUUCCCCUGUACCGUGUGCUCUCAGACACGUUCCCCUGGAUCCAGCCUCUAUAUAGCGGCACCUUUGAGAACCGACAGAGGUGGCAGGACCUGGCAGAGAAGGUGGAAAUGGGGCUCACGUGGAUAGAUCACGAUACCAUAGACAAACCGAUUGAAGAGUUUACGACUUCCAACGACACGAUUAAAGACGUGGAGUUCACCGUCACCACUCUAAAUUGUCAACGACCUGUAUCAGAUACUGUGGCCCUGGUCAAGCCCUUCAAAACCCCAUUCCACUCCCUUAGACGAGGGAAGACUUCCAGUGUUAACGUCAGGCCUUCGAGGAAUAAACUUACUAGUUUCUUCCAGGUCUCUCUACGCGGCCCCAAACAAUCGCGAAGACCAAGAUCCAACAGCGAAGGAGACCCCACCGACGCAGCCACAACUCCCGCAAACCAAGACAUCUAAACAUAAAGGAAGGUUGUGUCAUAUGUUGUGACGAAGUUUGAACUGGGGCAGUGAAAACAGCACAGACAAAAAGGACAGACAAAAGCCGUCCCAGUCAAUCGAUUAAUUAUGUCCUUAACAUGGUUUCACUUAAUAAACUGUUAAUUAAAUAUGUCGAAGUAAUGGCGCUGGCGUCAGCUACCAUUGUCAUAAUAUUUUACUUCAAACUUUAAAGUUUAACCAGUUUAUAACCGUUAUUACUUGUGGUUCAUUCGAUUUGUUAAUGUUAUUAAAUCUAAAAAAUAACGACUAUUUGGCUGUCUAAUGUAAUAGUUAUUUCAUUGGAGUUAUUAUUUACGUCGGAGCAAUGCAGUUAGUGUCAGCUGUUGUUGUCAUUAUAAUAUAAAAGUCAAAGUAUACCAAACGUCGACCUUCGCAACGUUCUUAAAUGUCAAUUAGAAAAGAAAACACUUUGUGAAAACACACAACCAAUUCUUAUGAAUGGGCUAUUUAAUUUAAAAACCUUUCCAUGGUAUUUAUUACACUAUUAUCUUUACAAAUUGUUAUUUUUAAUUCUGUUAAGCAACAAGUUCAAAUUAACAUUAAUAAUCAUACCCGCCAAAAAGGUUGCCUAGUCAAGAUGGCGUCGUACCAUGCUUGUUAACCAAUAAACAAAUGUCAAGACUUUACUGCAUAAUUUUAAUUUUACACAAAUACCAAUAUUCUUAGAUCAAAAACAGUCUCCGACAAAAUUACACUCCAAGUUAGUGUUAGUAUUAGACAGAGGAUGCCAUAUUGUUAUUAUUUAAUUAUGGGUUAUUUUCACAAGUUAUUUUCUUCUUAAUCUGCAAUCUAAAAUUAAUAUUUUAAAGAUUAAGAAGAAAAUAACUUGUUAUUUUAAUUGUAAUUUAAGUUUGUACAGAUAAUUCUCAAUAACAAUUUAUUUUUCUUACAUACAUAUUGAGGAAGAGCUAUUGUCAUAUAUUAACAGUUUAUUGUAACUGAAAUAAGCUAUAGUCUUUGAUGUUUAAUCAAGGAAUAUAGUUAACAGUUCUAAAAUAGUUUGAUAAAUGUUAACUUUAAUAUGUACUUCGACUGAAGAUUUGUUUACUGCAUUCGUGAUAUUUCAAACUGAUUCAUUUAUUUGUUAAAGUAAGAGAUAUAAUUUGUGUAGCUUUGUAUUUACCGUGUGAGUCAGCUUCGAAAGAGAGAGUCAAAUUUUACAGUGCUUAAAAUUUUUGUUGCCAUCUUUAAGUAUUCAUAUAAAAUAAUAAAUAUAAAUCAACGUAAAGUUAAUAAAAUUUUGAAGCAAGGCACGUAUUUCUCUCUUUACAAAAUGUUUACAUUAUCUACUCGUAGUGAUAAUAGUAUAUACGAAUAAUAGUUUAGAAAAAUGAUUUCGCUUUAAACCAAAUUAUUUGGUUGCGUAGUAAUAUUAUAUUGGCAAUAGACAACUACGAAAUGCUUCAAGGACCGCAGUGAACAAAUUUUCUGAAAUCUUUGUAAUAACUAGUUACUACGUCUUUUUGACGCCCACUUGUUUCCUGUAAUGACUAGUUCCCGUGUUUAGAACGGAUAACGUAUGCAGAUGCGAUAUAUGUGCACUUACUUCUCUAUGAAUAUUGACUUUGACGUAAGAAUCAAAGAACAACAACCAAGAAAAAUUUCGUUGCAUACCAACCUCUUUUUAAAACAAAGUUAAAUUCUCUCUUUUAAUAUUUCGUCUUCUUCUGUAAAAUUUUGUUUACGCUAUGAGAAAAGGAGGCGGAAAUAGUAGGUUGACAGGAUGAUAAUCAGCUGUCAAUGGAUGGAUUUGUCAGGUGUCUAGAUUGCAGUUAAAGAUUGCACAAAGAUAAGUCUUUGAAAAUUGACUUAAGUGUAUUCAAAGACAACAUUAAAUGUGUGUCUGUGGAUUUUGAUUAAAAGAGGGCGUUGACAAGUUUGCAACUUGUCUGAAUUUAAUUCAAUUUGCACCUUUAUAUAUUAUCUUGGUACUGUUUUGUUUGUUAAUUAAUUUUUUGAAGCUAUACCCAAAGCUAAAUAUAGGAACUAGUUAUUUACAAUAGUGUAAUGUAUUUAUAGACUGUGAUCUAGUGUUACUUCACUCUAAUUUGUAAAUAGAAUCUUGUUGUAAGUUUCUAGGUCUCAACACGAAAUUAGAUGAAAAUAACGUGCGGUAAUCGUGUGUAAAUUGGUUUUUUUGUUGUUAGAAAUUAAUUAAUCUACCAAAAGACUUAGGCUAUAAAUAAAGAGAGGACUCAUUAAAUGGUCUUACACGAUGAGCAUCCUAUGGACGUAUUAGACGCGAUAAUGAGCGCAGACUAAACCCACUAGAACGUUCCAGCAAUGUAUCAAAUUGCGUACAAAAGCGAAGAUUUGCCUAGGACGGUCAUGAUAUGACCGUUAUAAUGCACAGCAAUAUUUUUAAUAAUUUAUCGUCGACAGUACGACAAUAUUUAUAGACUUAUAGACACAAAUUAGUCCAGUUAGACACAUGUACGGAACGCAUAUUAAUUAUUUGAGAUACAGGUACAAUUUACCCUUCUAAUUUUCGUUUUAAAAUCGUCUUAUAUCUUGUCGAGACCUAUUCAUAUUGUUGGAUGUGUAGAUGUGUUAUUGAUAAUAAUGUUUCUGUACACAAUGCGAAUUAUCUUCAAGUCACUAUUGUUAUGGUUAGAUUUUCUAAAACUGUCCCUAAGUUUAAAACAUUUGUAUAACUUCAUAUUUUAAUUAAGUUCCUUCAAUAAGAAUGUCGUUACCUAUCGACACUGAUAAACAAAAGACGGAACAAUGACGCCCUUCGUUCGAUUGUUUGAUCUAACGGAAAACGAUUCAUAUAGCGUGUCUUUGAACGACUGGUCGUUUAUCAAACUUUACUAUACUAAGACGUAAGACGAAUCUUACAUGUAGGGAACAUGUAAGAUUAUUUAUUGACAUUUUAAUUUGUUUGCUUUUUGCUCAAUCUUU